GGUUAUCCUGAAGACAUCCGGUGUGCUGAAGUAUUUGAAUAUAUACUGAUAAGAACACAGUGAUAUGCAUAAAUUGAUUUUUAUUUUUAUUUUUUGCUGAGCUUCUUGUAAGAUGUGAAAACAACACUGACCAGUCAUUACUUUCAAAAAUUUGUACAUGAUUAUUGUGUUUGGUAGCAGGUGCCUGCCAACACUAAAUGCUAUUAAUGUUGAUUUAAAGUAGUUUUUUCCUGUCAACACCAUAUUUGCUCCUCAGAUCUUUUAUCUCAAACAACACCUGAAAAAAUGCCUUUAGCUGCUUUAGGUUAGCAGCUAGUGACUAACUUUGAGUUGUCUUUUGCUGUUUGGUGCUUGUAGGUUGAGUAAAACCAAAUAUUUUUCUAAAAAUUGCUGAAAGGCAUGACAGGAAACAGUACAACUGAAAGACAUGAAACUAAAAUGAAAAGAUAAAAAUAAAAAUUGUAAAGAAUCUGUACAUAAAGGUGAGGAAGUUUAUUUUAGCCUAGCUUAGCAUAGUUACCAAAAGCAAGGGAAAACAAUUAGCCUAGCUACAUAAACGGGCGAUUAUACUUUCCAACAACUGAAAAGUGUUUUCACACGUUAAAGCUUGUUGCUGGCAAAGUUGAUGCUAGUUAGCCUAGCUACAUCAGUGGAAAAUGAUUCUGUCCACAAACUCAGUGUUUUUGCACAUUAAUAGCUGUUGCUGGCAUGCUAAUUGCCAGUAUAUCAAAAAUAAAACUAAAGUUGUAUUUAUAUUUAGGGCCAGAAGUCAAAAUGAACACAAUUUUCUUUACAUUUUUCGUCAUUUAAGAAAUAAUUAUUGAGGAAGUAGUAUCUGAAAAUGUAUCUGUCCCUAAAUGUCUAAUUUUAACAUUCAGAGAACAAAAUGUGUGAAAUACACAAGAUAGAGGCAGCUGUGCAAUAUACAUAUACAGUAUGUGUGUUGUCUCACUUUUAUAGCAAGGCUAGCAGUUUCUAGUUUUUCUAUAUAGUUGUAGUCUUUAUGCUAAGCUAGCCUAGGCAUUUAUCUUAUGGAUAUUUACUCACGAAAUAGAAUUAUUUUGUCUGAGAGUUUCAGUUGGUUUUCUGUCGAAUGAAUAGAUUUUUUGUCAAGGAGAUAUUUCUGUGUUUGCUAAUUAUGGUUCUCUUCUAUAUUGUGUGGUUUUAAAUUUUCUUUUGUUAAUCAGGCUAUUGCUAAAAUUACUUCUGAAAAUAAGCAUUUAAAGUGACAGUUGGAAAACAGCCUUUAUUGCCCUUUUGUUAUUUUAUAAUAUAUCUCUCUGCUGAAAUUGGAUUUUCAUGGUUUAUUAAACAUAAUCAUCAAAAUUAAAACAUCAAAAAAAGUUUGAACUGUUUAAGUUUACAUAUAAUAAAUAAAUUUAAAAAGCUUACUUUUUGGAAUGAAAUUACAAAACCAGAACUUUUUUCACAAUAUUUUAACAUUAUGAGAUAUAACAGUUGUUGCCAAACUGCUGCCUGCAAAGACACUCACUGUAAUAAAAUAUCAAAUCUAUUGCGCUCAGAUCGUUUAAAAGCAGUUAUAAACUGUUGCCUACUGUGCCUACAUAAGAAAUUGUACAACAUACGGAUGUCUGCAGCGGAAAACUGAUUAGGGGGAAAUUGCUAUAUUGUUGGUUGCAGUUGCAUGCUGGGUGAUUUUAAAGUCCAGCUGUUAUCUCUUCCUCUGAGAGGUCAGAUAGGAAAGUGUCUUCAGGUUGUGUUCAGAGCUUCACACUGAUCCGGUGGAAGAGGAGUAAAGAUGUUACUUGUGAGGAGCUCCUGCCUCCUUCUGUUGUUGACUCUGCAGUUUGCUUCUUGGACUCAAGCAUGUCUGUCUCCUGAGACCAAAUGUGACUUUGUGUGCGACUGUGCUGAAGACUGCAGCGAUGAGCAGGACUGUGGCUACAAGGGAAAAGAGUUUGAGUGUGACUUUGAGGAUGCGGGACUGUGUGGAUGGACCGAACAGUCGGUCGGUUCACUGUAUCUCUGGGAGAGACGUCAAAGAGGAAACACUCUGCCUGAAAGUGGUCCAUCCUCUGACUACACCACCGGCACAGCUACAGGUUGGUUCAUGGGAGUGACUGCAGUGGAUUCAGAGUCUCAACACACUGCGGUUUUAAGGUCUCCAGAGAUUAAAGAGUCUUCGGCCACAUGUCGUCUUCGCCUCCGAUAUUUCCUCUGGGACUCAGGUCACUUAGGUUUUGGAUCUGCUCCUUUGUGGGCCUCCAUCCUUCGCCAGGGCUCUCCAGAAACUGUCGUGUGGCGUCCGGAGGCCACCAGCAUCCGUGGCUGGAAAGAAGCCACCAUCUUUUUGGGCCGAAACCCUUCGAGUUUCCAAAUCCAUCUUCAGUCGCGGCGCUCUAAAGGACAAAGAGGAGACGUUGCUAUAGACCAGCUGGAGUUUUUAGACUGUGCUUUGCCCUUACCAGCUGGCUGUGCAGCAGGGAUGGUGGAGUGCGCCAAUGGAGGCUGUGUGGAUCCUCAACAGAUCUGUGAUGGUACCGAUGACUGUGGCGAUGGGACAGAUGAGAAAGACUGUGAAGGCUACCAGCGCUGUGACUUUGAGGAGGAUUUGUGUAAUUGGGACCUUAGAUCAUUUUCCCCACUGAAAUGGGUGAGAACAAAUCAGCAGAACAUCUCCAUCACAGAUCCUCUACAAGGACCAGGCAGAGAUCACUCCAGCAACAGCGCAUCAGGUCAUUUCCUGUAUGUCACCAUCCCUGAGGCUGGUCUUCAAACUGAUUGGGCUGCUUUCCAGAGUCCUUUUCUUGAGCCCACCAACAGUACACAUCCUUGUAAGAUGGUGAUGUACACUCACCAGUUCGGUCCGAGGUCCGGCGGUCUGACGGUGUUGGUGGCAGAUCGUCUAAUUACCCCUGUGUGGGAAAGGGGUGGAUCUUUGGGUGACGUCUGGGUGAAGGCAGAGGUGGAGAUCGUCACCGACAUGAUUUUCCAGAUCCUGAUAAUGGCAGCAGUCAGAGACUUUACAUACGGAGGCAUUGCUGUCGACAGCAUCGUGUUGUCCCCUGAAUGCCGCCUGUCGACAGGAAAUAACACUCUGGAAAAAUUUCCUGAACCCCCCAAAGACCCGUGUACGGUGCCAGAAAAGAUGUGUGAUUUUCAUGCUGACUGUGAACAAGCAGAAGAUGAAGCAAAAUGUGGGGACUUUUCCUACCCUGAAGGCAGCUUGGGUUGGACUGACACCAGCAUUGGGAGUCAAAGUUGGGUUCUGUAUGAAAACUCCACUCACAAAGAAGAGGAGUACCUGUAUGUGGUAAAGGCUCCGGGUCAGCAGCUGACUGAUGCCCAGACUCGGACUCCCCUCCUCGGACCCUCCGGUGCUGCCUGUAACCUCAGCUUUGAAUUUGCUCUCACUGGGAAUCCAGACCAUAUUGGUGAUCUGUCCAUCAGGGUGAUCGACAGCUUGCUGGGCGACGGACCAAAACUCUGGGAAUUUAGCGGGAAAACUGGAAAAGACGAGGAAUCCUGGCGACAUGCUGACGUACUUAUUGGAACCAGAAAACAUCGCUUCCAGCUGGCAUUUGAAGCUCGUGCCAAAAAACUUUGCCCAUGUGCCAAGAUUAAAGUGAAAAACGUUCGCUUCUUCGGCUGUCAUGCCAGCUAUUACCCAUUAUCUCCCACAGGGCUGUCGUGUAACUUUGAAGAGGGACUGUGUGGAUGGAUGCAGGACAACAGCGACAACUUUGACUGGACGUUGUUCAGUGGGAUGGACCACUCCAUCGGAAUUGGAAACAGUCUUGUCGUGGACCUGUGGAGUCCUUCACUUCGCGGUGCGUUCGGACGCUUAAUUUCCUACCCAACUAGAGCCGGUACCACAGAUUACUGCCUGUCCUUCUUCUACAAACUCUAUGGACCCAACACAGGUGUUCUGAACGUUAAAGUAACGGAUAACUACGGUUCUGAAACCCUCCUCUGGACUCGCAGUGGAGCUCACGGCAACAUGUGGCACGCAGCUGAAUGUUGGGUACCUCACCAGCUCACAGACUUUCAGCUGAUCUUUGAGGCGGUUCGCUCUGGUUUUGACGGCCAGUUGGCCAUAGAUGAUUUAGUGUUCUUGGACGGUCCGUGCACCAUACCAAGGGUUUGCUCCUUCGAAAGCCAGCAGUGCGGCUACAAAAGUUCUGGUAAAGUUCGUUGGCUGCACCAGAACGGACACGGCAGCACAAAUGGACCCAAACGUGACCACAGUCUGGAGACCGAACUGGGUUUCUACAUGAUGGUUAACACCGGAGCAAACAUCCUUCCCUCUGACACAACAACGGUCCUCACUUCGUCUGUUCGCCAAGGAAACGCCAAGACCGAGUGUUUUACUUUCUGGUAUCACAUGGGAGGAGAGAACCCUGGUUCUCUCUCAGUUUACAUGAAGCCGGUGAAAGGGGAGAGGCUGAAGAUCUUCUCCAACAGUCUGGAUCAAGGAGACGUCUGGCGCCAUGGCAACGGCAACAUCUCGAGUGACCUUGUGGACUGGCAGUUGGAGUUCGAGGUGGUCGGAGCUGGAGGCAAAGACACUUACGUUGCCAUCGAUGACAUCUAUAUUUCACCUUAUCCAUGUGAAGACCGAGGUUCCAGAUGUAGUCUGGAAACUGGGAUGUGCAGCUGGAGCAACACUCAGAACGCUGAAGUGGACGAGCUGGACUGGGAGCUGACGAGCGCAGAGGCAGAGCAACACUAUACUGUCCCAUAUGAAGACCACACUCUGGGCACAGAGAAAGGUCACUUCCUGUUUGUUCCGAGCAGCAAUCGGACGGUAGCCAAUGAAAAUGCCUGGCUGCUGAGUCCUCACCUGCCCCCGACCAAAGGCACCUGCCUGAAGUUCUGGGCCUUCAAACCCCACUCAUCGGACAGUCGGCUGAACGUUUGGAGGCUGUCUGAAGGUCGUCUCAGUCAGCUAAUAGUGGUGGAUAACCUGGGUGGACCGUGGAAGCACUUCGCUGUCGACAUCAUAUCUACGAAGGAAUACCAGAUCGUGUUUGAAGGAACCAAAGGCUCGUCAGGUGCUGUAGCUCUGGAUGACAUCGAGUACACCAUCGGGAUCGACUGCGCUAAGAAAGUCACAGAUUCACAGACCUCAGGUAAGCCAAACAACGCCGGAGGAAUCGCAGCGUCUGUGAUCGUGAUCCUGCUGCUGCUCGCCACUCUGAUCGCUCUGCUCAUUUACUACCUGAGAACCAGAAACCGAGCCGAGGCCCCACCUGCUGGGCCGUCGUCCUCCUUCGGUGCCGGUUUCAGUAACGAAAUCUACGAAUCAGACGUGACGCAGGACCGUGUGAGAGUUCCUACAGUUCAAAACCAUCCAGAAACCGGAUUCAGUGAUGUCUCUGGAUACGCUGACAUCGGAGAGACGGAGGACGUGUGAGACGGACAGGAAGCUUGUCCUGCCACCUAAACGUGGCUUUAUGAAAUUAGAGUGAUAUCACAGCAGAAGAACUGCUUGUGUCGCCCUCAGAUGACUCACAAACAAACACACAUAUACACUAAUACAUGCGCCACCCACACAGUGACACAGAUGAAGGCCUCAGAUCUGGAAACCUUCGAGGGUCGCAGCUCUCUGCAUGUGGACGGACGUCAGAAGGAAAUGAGAUGAACUUUAAAUCAAUCAGUGGUAAACGUGAUCGCCGGCAGAUCUCGAGUCUGUAAGAAAGUGCAGCGAGUUUAACGAGAACGCAGUAGGUUGGGCUCCUUUUCCAUGCCUUAUCGGGGCAUUAGUUUGAUUUUACACCUCUAAACAAGCUCAGGGAGUCCACGUUUACAACAGGAAGGUGGUUAAAGGAGUCUUAAAGCUCUAAUUUGCCUCUUUAAAGAGAAAGAAAGGAGUGACUAUGAACAGAAAGAAAAGGAUGUUGCUGUUUGGACAAAGAAUCUAGGACGAAUGUGGUUUUUUUUAGACGAGCUGGAGGUUAAGUUUACUUUAAAAUAAGCUCUAAUUGAUGAUAAAUUAAAUAAAGCUGAGCACUGAAACACUGCUGUCAGAAGGUUUAUUCACCAUGAAGGAGGAAAACAGAUGAGCUGAUGAUCAUGAUUCAAAAUUACAAAUCAUUUUGAAUAAAUACCUUCAUGUUGGAGACUUUUAAAGUCCCAUUUUUGGUUGUCAACUGCAUUCAAAUGAAAUUAUCAUUUGUGUUUGCUCAAAAUUAGUGCAAAAUUUUAAUUUAACUGAUUGUUAACCGAUUGUCCAUCAAGAGAGGAGUGUUGGAAAUCAGUUUCUGCAGUACGUUGGGCACUGGCUUCUCUGAACUUAUUCCUCACAAAUGCACAAAUAUCGAUCAACAAUCGGUAAAUAAUUAAAUGAAAACAGACGAGCUUUAACUGAUUAGCCAAUUAACUAUAAAUAGUCAUAUUUAAAGAUUUCUGUCUCAUUUAAAGAUGUGUUAAGACAAGGCAUUUUUAUUUGGAUAACGUGUUUCAAGCUCAAUGUGGUUUACAUAGAAGCAAAAAAAUCCCAGGAUUUAAAACAUACAAUUUAAAAUAAAAUAACAUUUCAUUAUGAAUAUAAUAAGUUUUGAUCCAAUAAGAUAUUAAUGCAGCAAAAAAGAAUUAUCAGUCUUACAAUUAUUAAGCUGCAUUUACACUGUAAAAGAGAAAAGAAUUGUGUGCAAAAAACUGAAAAAUUCACUGUAUCAAAUAAUAAAUAAAAAAUGCUGUAAUACUGUUGGAAUGGUUUAAAAAAUUAAAAAACUGUAUUUUUAAAAAAUAAAGUUGAAACAGUAAAAUGUAAAAAUAACAGUUUUCAGUCCUUUAUAUAAAUUAAUAUGAAAAGAUAAUGAUAGAAAUCUGUCAAAUCUUUGUCACAAAAAUCUUUUUUUGAUAUACACAAUAGAAUAGAAUAAUAUAAUAACCAACAUUUCUGGUAUACCUUUUCUUUUUCCUGAAUGCACAGAAUUUAAAGUCCAAAAAAUGCAAUAAAAAUAGUCAAAUUAUACUCUUAUAAAAGAACAAAUACAUGAUUACAUUAUCAUAGAAAUAAAAUACUUUAAUUUUUUCUACCUCCUUAAUCCUUAAUAUACAUAAUUCUUAAAAAAUCUUCAAAAUUAUGAUUAUUUUUUGCUGAUAAACAAAUGCAUUACUACAUUAUCAUAGUAACUUUACAUUAUCUGGCAUUAUUCACAGUUUCGACCUGUGUUGGAGGUUAUCGUCUAAAUUAAACCUUUAUUUCUGUGAUUUUUUUUUUUACCUUUUAUUUGAAAUUUAACAACUAUUUUUCUCAAUCCUUAAUAUACAGAACUUUUCCAACAAUUUGCAAAAUUCAUGUUUUUUUUUUCUGAUUCCAGUACAAAAACAAAAUACUAAUAAUUUGUAUGUAUGUAAUUUAAUAAAACGGAGAAAAUGUAAAAUUUGUAACUUUUCUCAAUCUUUAAUAUGCUUUUUUUUAAUCCACAUGUUAAAGUUUUUUCAAUACAAAAAUAGAACAAUAAUAAUAGCUGAGGAACUAAUACAUUAUUACAUUAUUAGUGUGUGACAUCAUUCACAGUUUGACCUGUUUUGUGGUUAAUGUCUAAAUUAAACCUUUUUUCUUAGAUUUUUAUCUAUUAUUUAACCAAACACCUAAAAAUUGCAAAACACUGUAAGCUAUACAAAAGAUACUCUUAAACACGGCUCAUAUUUCGACUACUUUUUUUUUUUUGACUAAACAUCUGUUACCUUAACAAACAUAUUGAUCUAAAAUAACCCUGAUCCAGCUUCUCACUCUGUCUCAGAGGAUGAAUGGACGCUGAUGCUCCUCAUUUUGCUCCCCGCUGGUCCUCAGGAAAGGGGAUGACGACAUCCUGCCCUUAGCAACGGUGGCGUCUCUACGGCAACAUCCUCCUGCUGUUGUCACAGAGACGCCGACAGGAAUCGGCGCGUGAUUCGGGAUGAACUCAUGAUUUCGGAGGAUGCGCGCGUGUCCUCGUCAUGGGUGGAAUCCGCGCGACCACCGCGGCAGCUGUCGGUGUCUCGCGACUUGAGUGUCUGAAGUUGGAGCGGCAACUUGUGCACGCGGCCAUCUGCUCUUCAUCCUCACCUCCAUCCUCAUCCUCAGCAGUCCUGCAGGAGCCUCCAGCAAGCAGCCCGGUUCGGUUCGGCUCGGCUUCAUUCAGCCGGGUCCGAUCCAGCGGUGCUCGCGCCCGCAUGGAUCCCGCCAUGCUCAUCUUCCUGCUCUACGUCAUGAUCGCGCACGAGCUGGUGUGCGGCUGGAUGCAGUACCGCAGACAGAGCGCCAAACCCCGCAAACGAGCCGCAGGACCGCUGCUGCGCACCAGCGCCCGGGUGUGUCAGGGAGCCUGGAGGGCGAGCAGCCAGUCGGUCCGGACCAGCCGAGGAGGUCGAGACCUGAGGAAGUACGGACGCAUUGUGAGAAAAGCCUGAUGAACCGAGACAACAGACACAUGUGGACACGUUGAAAAAUUCUGGGCGUGAACCGGUCGACAAGCCUGACCCGGUUCAUCCUCACCAUUCACUUAACUGCACAUUUUGAACCAUUUAAUACUGUGGCUGUUUCUGUCUUUGACAUCAUUACGAAAGGGGAAUUCUGUCAAAGAUGCCAAGUUGCUAAAAGAAUGAUGGGGAAAAAAGAUCCCAAAAUGCAGCAUUUCAAGUCAAACUCGUGAUCUACAUAACCAACACCUGAGCCUCUUUUCUACUCUUUAUUUUCUUUACGCAAAAUGUUGCUUCAAUAAUUUUUUUGGUUGAUUUAGUUCUUUUGCUUUUUAAAGCCAGCAGCAGCUGUUAUUCUCAACAUUUGUCUGUUUGUUUGUCUAAGAUGGACCAUGUAGAUGCUAUCUUCCCUGUUUGCCUGAGGUCUGGGAACUUUGACAUGUCUCCUUGUACUGUCAAAAAUCAAAUAAAGACCAAAAUAGGCCACAAAAAUAACCUCUAAUGGUGAAUUGAAGUAACUUUCAAGGGAUGGUGCAGAUUUUUAUCAGCUACAAACUACUAAUAGGGUGAUUCUCUGUAGGAACAACCAUAGCUUGGGUCCUGACGUCUGUGCAGCUACCAAUUAAAAUACUGUUUAAACUAAA